AUGUAUUUCUUUCUCAGUAACCUCUCUGCUAUGGAGAUUUUUAUCACAUCGGUUGUUAUUCCCACUGUGCUCGAAGGGUUGUUGACCACCCAGAUUCAAACAAUGUCCUUUGGCGCAUGUAUGGCUCAACUCUACCUUUUUCUUUCUGUGGGGACUUCAGAGUUUGUGUUGUUGGCAGUAAUGGCUGUAGACCGAUAUGUAGCUAUCUGCAGUCCCCUGAGGUACAGUCUCAUCAUGAACCACUGUGUCUGCCUCUGGAUGGCCAUCACAUGCUGGGUAUUUGGGUUUCUAUUCCAAAUCUGGCCAAUUAUUGCAACGUAUCAUCUUUACUUCUGUGGGCCAAAUGUCCUGAAUCAUUUUUACUGUGAGAGAGGCCAGCUGCUCAGACUCACUUGUGGUGACAGCAGAUUACAGCAGUUCAUCCUCUUCCUGAUGGCAGCUUUCAUUCUUUUUGGCAUUGCUUCAACCAUUAUCUCCUACAUCUACAUCAUCUGUACCAUCCUGAGGAUCCCUUCUGUUUCUGGCCAAAAGAAGGCCUUCUCCACCUGUGCCUCCCACUUCACUGUGGUGGUGAUAGGCUAUGGCACCUGCUUGUUUUUCUAUGUGAAGCCCAAGCAGACCCAGGCAGCUGAGUAUAACAAGAUGAUUUCCCUGAUGACAUCAGUGGUAACUCCAUUGCUGAACCCUUUCAUCUUCACUCUGAGGAAUGACCAAGUCAAAGAGGUUCUCAAUGAUGGUGUAAAACAAUUAAGUCAUUUCUUAAAGAAGUAG